ACUGCGAUCCAGGGUCCCGGAAAGCGGUUGCAUCCUUAUGGGUGAUUUUGGCGGUUCCCGCGGUCUGGAAUUAAGGGAGUCGCUACGGAAGCUUCUUCCAGAAAGCGUCCCAAGCCCUUUCUCUCAGUCCACAUUAACCCCCCCCCCCAAGUCCAAGAACAACCUCCGCCCCCCCAGGGCUUCAGACCAGAAGCCAGUGUUUGGGAAGAUCAUCACCCAUUACAUUUCUUCCUUGUAUAAUAUCUGCAUUUGUAAAAGACACAGAAAUUUUGUCAGGAAAAAGGUAGCAAUUUUGGAGAGAUGUCUCAUUUUUCUAGUGAAGAUGAAGCUCUUUUGCAAUCUAUGCUCAGAAAGUUACUGCGAAGUGUCAAAGAGAAAAUUACAGGAGCACCAUCAGUUGAAUGUUCAGAAGAGAUUCUGCUGCAUUUGGAGGAAACUGAUGAAAACUUUCAUAAUUAUGAAUUUGUGAAAUAUCUUAGACGAUAUAUAAGUGACACUGUGGGCUCUGUAAUAGAAGAAGAAACAGAGAAAUGUACGUCAGCUCAAAGUCAGGGUGAAGGAUCUGGCUAUGAUACCCUUGUACAGCAUGUUACUAAAAAGACUCGAGAAUCAAAAGAGUACAGAGAAAUGAUGCACUCUCUGAAGAAUGUCAUGAUGGUUGUUGUUGAAUCUCUGAUUAAUAAGUUUGAAGAAGAUCAAAUGCGCUCUAAAGAGCUGCAAAGAAAAGUAAAAACAGAGCCGCACAGCAGUUACUAUAAUGAUAACUGUUCUGAUAGUGAUUCUUCAUUUAAUCAGAGUUAUACAUUCAUAAAUCAAGAACAGUUGCAGCUACUUGUGAAAAGACUAGAUCCUACACAGCCAAAAGAGGUGCGUCAGGAAGCAAUGCACACGCUGUGUUCUGCACCUCCAUCUGAUGUGUUAAACUGUGAGGGCUGGACUAACUUACGUAAACAUGUUGCAGCAUCCCUCUUGGAUUCUGAUCCCAAUUUCAGUGACAAAGUGUUGAAAUUCUAUGCCAGAACAUUUUCUUCCUGUCCAUUAUAUAUGACAAGGGAACUCUACACAAGUUUAGCAAAAUACUUAGAGCUGUGCUUUCUUUCUGAAGAUAAUUAUGUUCCUGCUAUAUCAAUGGGUAUUGAUAUAAGUAACCCUGAUAUAAUUCGUUUACUUAAAAAGAUACGUUUGCUAAAUGAGUACCAGAGGGAAGUCCCGUCUUUUUGGAUUCGUCAUCCAGAAAGGUUCAUGGAAGAAAUAAUGGAGAGUACUCUUUCACUUCUGUCAGUAAAACAUGAACCAAACCACAGAGUUUCUUUAAAAUCAUUGGAUCCAGUAUGUUUCUUGGCUCUGGUUGAUCUCAGAGCUGUGUGGUUUAAAAAAUGGAUGAUUGUUGCAUCUAUUGAGCAGUGUGUCUCCUAUUUAGAAGCUUGUGAAUCAGUAGUUUGUGGAACUUGUAGGUGUCAUUCUUUCUCCAAGUCACAUAGUAGCAAUAAACAGAAGAAUUUCUACACAGGAAAAGAAUUACAGUAUAUACAUUUUGUUCAUUCCCUAAGCCUCUUAGGCAGACUAUUAAUAUAUAAACAAGGCAGGAAACUAUUUCCAAUUCAACUGAAAAACAGAAAAGAUUUGAUGUCUGUAACAGACCUCGUUGUAAUGUUUAUUCGACUUAUCUGUUGUUCCCCUAAUUGCCCAAAGGCUCUUACUGUACAUACAGGCAAUUAUUCCCCUGCUGGACUUAUUACUGAUGUGCUAAGAAUUCUUUGUGGUCACAAAGAAUGUGCAACUGAAUGUUUGUACACUAAUACAGUGAUAGAGGCACUUCUUCAACCAAUAAAUCAUUUAUUGAAUGAAAAAGAGGUGCAUCUGAAUUGCCGGGAAACGACUUUAGUACAUAUAGCUGAUAUUUUGGCGAGGAUUGCUGAUGUAGAUGAUGGACUUUCGCUUCUUCUUUAUGGUGGUGAAAAGCCCUCUGCCACAGACAGGGGAAGCCUGAGGGGUGCACAUACAAUAGUUCAAUUUACAAAGAAGCUUCAGGAUGAAGAUAUUUCAGUCUUGUCUGGGUCUGAGAUGUUGCCAGUCCUCAGAAGUGCUUUCAUCUUCGUUUGCCAACAGAUGUGUAGUACCUGUGAAGGUUUAGAAGUGCUUCUACCUUAUUGUUUACAUGAAUGUAUAGUAGAAGUUUGGAAAAAGACUAAUUUACUUUCAGAAAGAAUUUCUACUCCUAUAGUUGGGACAGACUGUAUUUCAUCAGUAAAUCAAGAAUCACAGAGUUUUGCUGUAUUGGAAGAUACUUUGUUAGAUGACUUGCUAAAUUUUGUUGCCACACCAAAAGGGCUUUUGCUGCUACAGACCACAGGAGCAAUCAAUGAGCAUGUGACUUUCAUGUUCAGCAGACUUACAAAAAACCUCCAGGUCAAUGGAUGUGAAAAGUUUGGCUACGGAGUAAUCAUUUCUCAAGUGGCAGCAACUGCAUCAGGAGCUAUAGCUCUACAGAGUUCUGGAUUUAUAAAAGCGCUUGUUACUGAGUUGUGGACUGUUCUAGAAUGUGGAAGAGAUGAUGUCAGAGUUACUCAUCCCAGAUCAACACCAGUAGAUCCCAUUGACCGAAGUUGUCAGAAGUCUUUUUUAGCUCUGAUUAACUUAUUAUCCUACCCUGCUGCUUAUGAGCUGAUAGGCCACCAAGUGGUUCCUAACAAACCAGAGAACAAACUUCGUGAAGUUCCCACAAGUUUUAUAAAUAUCAUCGAUAGACUUAUAAUUGUGGAUACAGAUGCUAAAGUUAAUUCAUUGUUCAAUUAUGAGCAGUCACAUAUGUUUGGACUGAGAUUAUUAAAUGAGCUGUGCUGUGAUCUAGAUAUACUUCUGCUUUUAGAAUCUCAGUAUAAGAUAUCAGAAGUACUGUUGAAUGCGCAGAAAGAGAAUUCCAUCACAAUGUCUGAAAAUUCUUCAGAGUUUAUAAUCGAUGGCUUAUCAGUAGAAAGAAAUCAUAUUCUUGUUAGAAUAAACAUUAUUGGAGGACCAGCUGAACGGAUCUUGCCUUCAAGAAUACUGCAAAAGGGCGAUGAUCCAUAUCCAUGGCCAAUGUUUUCAACGUAUCCUUGUCCAAUGUGCUAUAUUGCUGGAUUUCCUAGAAAAAAAUAUGUGAGACAAGAUGAUGAUAUUAGCAAACUUUUAUCAGCUUUAAAGAAUCCACAUAAACAAAUCAAUUGGAUUGAAAAUAUUCAAAGACAGUUCUGCAAAAUCAUGGAAAGUAAACCAUAUGUUUUGAGUGGAACGAAUUUGGCAGAAUUAAUUGAAACGUUUGUGUUACAUCUCUCUGAAACACCAUCAGAAUGUUACUUUAUUAAAAGAGAAUAUAAAGUUGAUGCAGAUGUGAUGAUCAAAAGCCUUACUUCUGUACAGCAGCUUGGUAUUAAGAUGACUGUCAGCUAUGGUAAGCAUUUGGACGUGCUGAGAGAGAAUGCUGAAAAUGAUCUGUGUCAAGUAUUAAUGCAUUGUGAGCAUUUUUUGAAACAACAACAGGCACUUGUAAAGUCAUCACUACGCAGUCUGCAGGGAGGAUAUGUAAGCUAUGACUGGUUUGCAUCUUCUGUGUUUCUAAUAAUGAUGGGAAACAAGGAGAAAACAUUAACAUUUCUUCAACAGUUCUCCUGUCUUCUUGUGUCAGCGUUCCUCUGGAUACCACGACUGUAUAGUUCUAUUCAUCUGCCUGUUGACACAGCUGCAUCUGGCAUUCAUCCAGUCUAUUUUUGCAGUGCACACUACAUUGAGAUGUUGCUAAAGGCUGAGUUGCCCCUUGUCUUUUCUGCUUUCCAUAUGUCUGGCUUCACUCCAUCACAGAUCUGCCAACAGUGGCUAAUGCAAUGCUUCUGGAAUUAUAUGGACUGGAGUGAGAUCUGCCAUUACAUUGCUAUUUGCAUUUUCCUUGGCCCUGACUAUCAGAUAUAUAUGUGUAUUUCUGUGUUCAAACAUCUACAGCAAGAAAUCCUUCAGCAUACACAGAAUCAGGAUCUCCAGGUUUUUCUUAAAGAAGAAGCAAUUCAUGGAUUUCAAGUGAGUGAUUACCUCAGAUACAUGGAAAGCUUGGCUUUAACCUACAGACCAGUACUUCUAAGGGACAUGAAGAACAUUAGAGUGCAGAGCACGUAGAUCAAGUAAAUGAGCGUCUCAUUUCACAUUUUAGUUACGUUAAGGAGGCAGGAAUUGUUUAUUUUGUAUACCUCUCCAUAAAAAUGCAUUCAUUCUAAACAUUCAUACUGCCAAACCAAUAAUGAGGGGUUUGAGCAUACAGCUUUCACAAGAUGACAUCCUCUAAAUUGGAUCAUCUGAAAAUAAACCGUUUUUCUAGCCAGGCACCAUAACGUUGCUUAUACUUGGCUACUAAACCUGUCCAUGAAUUACUUAAAGAUCCUGCUUAUGUUUUCUGGUAAAGAUUUCCAUAAUGUUACAUUUUGUUUACCUUCAGUUGCUACCUAAAAGUGCUAAAUCAUGUACAGGUUUGACAGUAAGAAACUGUAAUCUGAAUAAUCCUUUUGAUAAAUCAGACAUUGUAAAUAGUGAUGAGUAAAGGCAGAACUUCUUUCUCGCAUAGGGCAAGACUAAUUGUCAGGCUGUGACACGCCCUCGGACACUAAUCUUGGAAGACUAACUUUGCUUCUUCUACUGGGUCUCCCCUUCCGUUACAGACAAAACAAUGUUGAUUUUAC